AUGAACGGCCUCGUGGGGUCGGCACCUCCUGGUGCCAUGUACGUCAGGGCGCUCUAUGAUUACGAGGCUGAUGACAGGACGAGCUUGAGCUUUCACGAAGGCGACAUUAUCCAGGUCAUUACUCGGCUCGAGAGCGGAUGGUGGGACGGUGUCAUCAACGGCGUCAGAGGCUGGUUUCCUAGUAAUUACUGCCAGAUCAUUGAUGAACUCCCAGAGCUUGAAGAAAACGGCGAGCCAGAACAGGUCGAGGAGGAACCUGAUGACCACCCGGAAGUAUACGAAGGAGAGUAUGAGGAUGAAGAUGGCUCCGAACUUGACGAUGUCGAGGGCCUUCCCCUCGAGGGAACCGAAGGCGACAGGCUGAGGGCCGAUUUCUGGAUCCCUCAAGCCACUCCAGACGGCAGGCUAUUCUACUACAACACCAUGACGGGCGAGAGCAGAGCGGACCUGCCACUCGAGUCUCCCUCUUCGGUGACCGAGACAGGCCCAAGAGAUCGCAUGAAUCUUAGUGUUCCCGACCGAACAAGGCCGCCGGCCGAAAUGAUUGCCAGAGGGCUGACCCGAGACGAGGAGGACGAAUCGGACGUCAACUCGGCAUCCGAACUAGAAGGCGAGGCUCUGAUGAACAUGCGAGGCUCAGCGCCUGUUUCACGCCGAUUCCAGAUGGGUGACGGUAUUUCUCCAGCACCAUCCAUGGAUUCUAUGAACGGACAGUCGCCGGUGACGAGAGCUCGCGGCGAGACGUUUCCAAACGGCAGCUCAGCUCAGACCCCAAUGGUAUCUUCAGCCACUGCGUUUACCAGCUCCGGGUUCAACCUGCCUACUGCUGCAACGAUUCCGCGAUCCUUUUUCGACGACGGAACGACACCUGCACUCAACUGGCCUCGUUUGGUGUCCAACAUGAAGAAGGCUAUUGACCGCUACAGGGAGGCCAUCACGUGUGGCAACAGGGCAGAGUAUGUUGCACGCGCUGAAGACAUCUCAGAUCACUUGCGCCUUCUCUUGGCAGCAGGCUCCGGAACGACCGACAACCACUCAGGCCAACCCUCGAUCAUCUCGACAAACAAGGCGCUCUACCCGCAUUUCCGUGACAUGAUGUCCAAGUUUAGCAAGCUCGUCAUCUCUUCACACAUCGCGGCGGCGGACUGGCCCAACGCCGAGUCGAUACAAAAAUGCCUGCAGGAAGCCGACGGCGUCCUGCUAGGUGUCUUUAGCUAUCUUGAGGUUGCAAAGCAGCAACGAGGCGACGAGAUUCCACGACUGUUCCCAGGCUUUGUUAUUGGGUCGAAUGCGGGUGGCAGCUGGCAGAACAAUGGACUAGGUCCUCGUGACGCCAUCACCACCAACUUUCUCGAGGAUGAGGAAGGCCUGGUUGAACCAAAUGCCCUCCUGGAUGGCAAGCUUCUGGAGCGGCUUGAUGAGCUGAAAAGGAUGGUGGUCUCGAGCAUCCGUGAGCUGAAUAAGAACCUGCUGGUUACGGACAAGAUCAUCACUCCCUACAAGCACGAAAUGAUUGGAAAUGCUGUUUGCGCCGCCGGCAGCAAGGUACUGGAUAUGUUCAAGCCCUGGAUUGCCAUGAUUGAAUCAAUCGACCUCUCGCUGCUGGACAACACGUUCCAAACGCCGCAACUUGCCGACUUUAGCACCAACAAGCAGAGUUUAUAUGAUAAUAUCUCUGAUUUGAUUCUGGGUUGUCAAGCAGUGGCUGGUCCGUUGGCGGACGAGUGGUCAGAGGUGAGGGGUCAAGCUCUGGAGGAACGGCUGGAGUAUGUCCGAAACUGCGCACGAGCACUGGAGACGAAUUCAUCCCAUAUCGGAUUCUCGCUCCAGCUUCUUUCCGAGCAGGUUUCGAUUGUCUUGCAGCAACAGGCCGAGACGCGCAUGCGGGAAGAAGUGCCCACGCGAGAGCAACCAAGAAGGAUGGAGACCAUGCCAUAUGAGCGACCGCAUCAGCGGACAGAGUCGCUGUCGCGGCCUGUCAGACCGGGAAUGCCUAUGGGGUCGCAGUCGUUUACUGAAGGUGACACCAUGAUGACGACUAACCCGUACCGGAAGGAUGACAAGCUUAAGAAGUUCUUUGGAGAAGACCCUACCCCGGUGCAGCAAACGUUGAUCGACGACACCCCCGAGUUCUUGAGGCUGGACCACGAUGUCGACCUUUCCUGGGACCUCAAGACCCAACCGCCAACGGUCAAGGGUGGUUCCCUGAUGGCCUUGGUGGAGCAACUUACACGGCACGACAAGCUCGACGCCAACUUCAACAACACCUUUCUUCUUACCUAUCGGUCGUUCACAUCAGCACGAGAGCUCUUUGAGCUUUUGGUGAAGAGGUUCAACCUGCAACCGCCAGAAGGACUGACCCAACCCGAGUAUGACCAGUGGACAAACCAGAAACAAAAACUGAUCCGCUUCCGCAUCGUCAAUAUCUUGAAGAACUGGUUCGACAACUUCUGGAUGGAGGACCCAAGCGAGGAAGCCACGAAGCAGCUGUUGCGGGAUGUUUACAACUUUGCCAAGGACACGGUCAAAUCCACCGAGACGCCCGGUUCGGGUCCUCUGAUGACGGUACUCGACCAGCGACUGAAUGGCAAGGAGGCGGGCGCCCGCCGUAUGAUUCAGACGGUCAACCAGAACACGCCAGCUCCCAUCAUGCCAAAGAACAUGAAGAAGCUCAAGUUCCUCGACAUCGACGUUACCGAGUUCGCCCGCCAGCUCACGAUUAUCGAGUCCCGUCUGUACGGCAAGAUCAAGCCAACCGAGUGUCUGAACAAGACCUGGCAGAAGAAGGUUGGAGAGGGAGAGCCAGAGCCUGCUCCGAACGUGAAGGCCCUAAUUCUUCAUUCUAAUCAAAUGACCAAUUGGGUGGCUGAGAUGAUCUUGUCACAGACCGACGUGAGGAAACGCGUCGUUGUCAUCAAGCACUUUGUGGCGGUUGCCGACAAGUGCCGUGGGCUCAACAACUUUUCGACCCUCACAUCCAUCAUCUCCGCCUUGGGUACUGCGCCUAUUGCCCGCCUCAAGCGGACAUGGGAUCAAGUGCCGCAGCGCAUUCACGCCACCCUGGAGACGAUGCGUAAGUUGAUGGCCAGCACCAAGAACUUUGGCGAGUACAGAGAAGCGCUGCACGCCCAGCAGCCCCCCUGCAUUCCCUUCUUUGGUGUUUACCUGACCGACUUGACCUUCAUCGAGGACGGCAUCCCGUCCAUCAUCAAGAAGACUAACCUCAUCAACUUUGCCAAGCGAGCGAAGACGGCCGAAGUGAUCCGGGACAUUCAGCAGUACCAGAAUGUGGCUUACUCGCUCCAGCCGGUCCCCGAGCUCCAGGAUUACAUACUCAGCAACAUGCAGGCGGCGGGAGACGUGCACGAGAUGUACGACAAGAGCUUGCAGAUUGAGCCGCGCGAGCGGGAAGACGAAAAGAUCAGUUUUGGCCGAGUCUGGGUUCCUAUGAAGAGCGAAAGGGGGAUGCGAUAUACUUGACCUCUACAGUUUUACGACGGGCUUCUACGGUGCGAAUGUCGAUAUUGGGACGGUACAUGGAUCAUGGACGGUCGAGAUGUGUGGAUGUUCAUGUACUGUACGACAAUGGGGUCCAAGGGCGGGAUGAUGGAGCUGUCGAUUGUAUUUGACAGGGUUUUCUGGGAGCUCCUGGGGUUCGAUUUCGACCUCAAGAGAGAGG